AUGACUGUGGAUUAUGUGCCUCUUUCUGAUCUAACAGUGUCAAGGAGCCACAUCGAAAACUGUGCGUUUUCGAACUGGUACUCGCUGUUCAAGCAGUAUACACCAAAGUCUAAAAUUUUGAAACCGGUGCCCCAGAGCUUUAUCGAAUACUUGGAGCAGGAUGGUAUCAAACUACCGAAGGAUGAAACGGUGAGAUCGUUUUACACCAGUGGUAUUGCAGCCAACGAAGAUAAUGAAUACAGUGACUGGGAGGAUGAUGAGGCGGAAAAUUCCUCUGGCGUGCGGGGGGUACAACUCGACCAUGUAGACCCUCUAAGGGAUUUUCCCGAUCUUCACAACGAACUGAAGUCGAUAAUAAACGAUAUAGGGCCAGUGACCCCUAAGUUGAACUGGUCAGCGCCCAAAGACGCAACGUGGAUUCUCCCCAACAACACAAUGAAGUGUAUCGAAGUGAACGAAAUAUACUUACUGCUCAACGCGUCUAACUAUAUCAUGCAUGAUUUGCAGCACGCGUUCGAUGAGUGCGGCCAACAGGAGCAGGGGGGGAGACCCCAAUAUGAGUUAAUCUUAAGGGAAUGGUUCAACAUCAACCCGGCUAUGGAGUUCCGGGUUUUCGUGAAGGAUCAAAGAAUCAUUGGUGUUACGCAGAGAGAUAUAAAUUACUACGACUACUUAGACGCUCUUUCCGAGACUUUCAAAGAUUUGAUCGACGAGUUUGUAGAUGAGGUCGUUACUCCCAAGUUCCCGGACUCAAGCUUCGUCCUCGAUGUAUACAUUCCAAGACCAUUCCAAAAAGUUUACCUCAUUGAUAUCAAUCCAUUCGCAAGAAAGACAGAUACUUUGCUUUUUUCGUGGAAUGAACUGCUAACAGUGGGGGGAUCAUUGUCCAAUAUACAAGACUAUGAAUUGAGGCUAGUAAAGGAAAACAACACUGCAAGAUUUGCCUCAAAGGAACAUUCGGAGAACCAUGUUCCCAAGGAUAUCGUAGACGCAAGUCUUGACCCUAACGCAAUCAGAGAUUUGGCGCAGAAAUGGAAGGAACUAUUAUCCCAGCAGCAAGCGGAAGAUAGCAGCAGUGGAAGCGAAGAGGAAGCUUAA